AGGAGCACCGCUCCCAGAUCUGGCGCAUGAUCGACGCCUCGCGAGAGAAGUCGCAGGCGGCGCUGCGGUGUCAGAUGGAACAGCUGAAAGAAAGUCUGAAGUCAGUCCAGGACUCUUCCGGAUGGACGGCGACAGAACUGCAGGACACCGAGACAGACGCUGCAUCGGUGGCCAAACGACUGACCGAGGCCCGAAAGCGGGCAUCGAUUCUAGCAGAAGAGGCUCGACAUCUCGCGACGUCACAAGAAUCCUUGCAGGCCGAGCUCUGCCGCCAGCGCGACGCCACCAAAGCGUGGCGGAGCUGCGCGGCCGAGGGCAGCUGUAGCAUCGCUCAGCAGCGGCAACAGGCCGCUGGGGCACUGGAGACGUGUCAACGGCUGCUGUCAACGCCGCCAUCGAAUCAAUGGCCGCUGUCACCGCCCCUGCCACCUUUGACCUUGGGGCCAUUGUGAAA